GGAGGCCCUCAGGAGGGGCCAGUUCUUCCUCAGCAGCCGGCUGGGGGGGCUGGUGUAGAGGGAGGGGGCCGGCUACUACAUCACAGUUGAGGUAUGGCAGGUGUGAGCGGUGACCGUAAGGGCGGUAAGAAGGAUGACAAUGGUCUGGGCACGGCUCUCGACUUCAUGCUGUCCAACGCCAAGCUGGUGCUUGGGGUGGGCGGAGCCGCCAUGCUCGGGAUCGCCACCCUGGCCGUCAAGAGAAUGUACGACCGGGCCAUCAGUGCCCCCACCAGCCCCACUAAGCUGGAGCCAUCGGGGAAGCGCAGCUGGGAGGAGCCUAGCUGGAUGGGGGCGUCGCCACGGCAACUCAACCGCGACAUGAAGAGCAACGUGAGCCGCUCGCUGCAGACCCUGCCCACCUCCUCCAAUGCCUGCGAACCAGAGCUGCUGCGUCGGCCGGGCGGUCGGCACGGCCACGGGCAGGUGGAGUUGGCGCGGGCGCGCAUGCGUCUGUCACUGCAGGAGCACCUGUGGGCAUACUUCCGGGAGCGUGUAGCGAUCCCUGGCGACGAGCAGGCCGUGGCCAGGAGGGCGGCGCUAGACAUCUGCAGCGAGCUGCGCGUCUUCCUGCACGCCAAGCUGCCAGACAUGCCCCUCAGGGAGAUGUACCUCAGCGGCAGCCUCUACGAUGACCUGCAGGUAGUCACGGCGGACCACGCCCAGCUGAUGGUGCCGAUGAUCCUGGAAAAGAACCUGUGGUCGUGGGUUCCGGGCGAGGACACCAUCAUGAACGUGCCGGGCUUCUGGCUGGUGCGGCGCGAGAACCUGGAGUACUUCCCCCGCGGCAACAGCUACUGGGACCGCUGCAUGGUGGGAGGAUACCUCUCGCCCAAGAGCGUCCUCGAGGUGUUUGAGAAGUUGGUUGCAGGCACCAUCAACUGGCCGGCCAUUGGCAGCGUGCUGGACUAUGUGAUCCGGCCGGUGGUGCCUUCAGAGACACUGACUCUAGAGGUGCAGUACGAGACGGACCGGCGUCUGUACGUGGACUUCCUGCCGCUGCUGGUGAUGGAGGACGGGGCGUCUCUGAUCGCCAAGCCCCACCGGCUGGCAGCCGAGCGGCACCAGAACCUGUGGAGGCAGAGCUUCCGGGUGGCCGAGACCGCCAAGCUGCGUGCCCUCGACCAGGAGGACGGAGGAUGCCGCUGCGUCUGCCUCAAGGUGGCCAAGGCGGUGUGCAAGCUGAACCCGGCGUUGUCGCGUGUGUCGGCGAGCCAGCUGACUAACGCCAUCCUGCUGCUGAGCGAGCGAGAGGGCGACUGGACGGAGGACGCGCUGGCCGACCGCUUCAUCUCGCUGCUCAAGGCGCUGGUGGGCCACCUAGAGGCCGGGAGGCUACCCUGCGCCCUCAACCCCAAGGUGGACCUGUUUUGCGAACUCACUCCCCAGGAGGUGGACGAGCUGGGCUACACUCUCUACUGUGCCCUCUCCGACCCAGAGAGCCUGCUCAGGACUGUGUGAUGAAACUAACUAUCACAACACAGCACAGGAGACGCUAUGGACCACAGAAAGAAAACACACACAAACACAUGUGCGCCCUUCACACCAUAGGAAUGUCGUAAUGUCAAGUCUUGAGCUUGAUCCGGACUGUGUGAAAACUUCAAACGACACAGGAGACACUAUGGAGCACAGGGGGAAAAAAAACACACACACUCACACGUGUGCCCUUCACACCAUAGCAAUGUCGUACUGAGUCUUGAGCUUGCUUACGACUGUGUGAAACACGAGACGCUAUUGACCGAAAAUACAAACACACUCAUGCUCUUCACACCGUACAAUACCAGUGACUUAGUAGGGUGAUUGAGUAUGUCCAACCCAACCCAGAGAACCUGUUCAGGACCCUGUGAGAGACACUUAAUCAACGAAACCCUUCACACCAUACCAAUGUCGUACUGACGAGUCUUCAGCUUGCUUAGGACUGUGUGAAAUACUAGAGACACUUUAACACACACACACACACUGUCAUACCAAUACCGACAGUGUGCGGCAGUGUGUGAGACGCUUCAGCGCACCCUUCACACACACACCAUCAUACGGUCAUACCAUACCGUACUGGCAUACAAUACUGCAGCAGGAUGACUCCUGUCUGUCUGUCUGUCUUGUCUGAUGCGGAGAGACUGCUGUGUGAGACGAGGCAGCAUAGACCCAACACACCAAAAAAAAUGCAUCCAGGGUGAUUCUGAUGAACUGUGUGAGAGACAACAGCCAUCACAUACACACACACACACACACACCAUCAAUAUCGUAGCUAAGCGGCUUAGUAAGGUACACUAAGCAGAAAUGAGUUGAGAUCAGUUAGUCAGCCUUGAAUUUUUCAUCAUGCUCAGAUUCAGUCUGAGACUGUGUGACACUGCAAAGAGGGGCGUCUCGCCACUUCCCACUUUUGUGUGAGAUGCCAUGCGCACAACACAAAAUAACACCCCAACACUGUAGCAGGUGGACCAACCGAUCCAGCAAAGAGCUUCUCUAGACAUGCAUCUGUCUCUGUGUUGUGAGAAAUGGGGCUGAGACAUCAGCGUAUUGGCUUCAAACUUUCAGACAGGUUGUGUGGUCACUCGGGAUGCACCAUUAACAUACCAAACCACACAGCACGGCGUCGUAGCCUAGGGCCGUGUGCAAUGUGAGUGUCAAGCACUGAACUUUGCAUCGGGCUCAGACAGAUUUCCACAUCUGUUGUCUGGUGGUUGACAGUUCAACAAAGCAGACCUCUGUGGUGGCUGAGUCAACUGCCUGUGAUCAGCCUGUGAAAAUGAGUCUCUGUGUGUGCUCACGGCGCCCUCUGGUGUUUCUCAGCUCACAUUGCAAUAAACCUGAGGCUGCUGGAAUCAUCUGAAAUGUAAGAGCAAUGACAUUUAUUAUUAUUAUUAUAAAUAAACAGCGCUCCAUUCAGACAUCUGAAAUCAGUAGCAGAAUGCUCUUUGGUGUCGUGCCUGUGGAUUUAGAUGCUAGUCUUGGAUGCAAAUGGAAGCAAAUGCAGCCGUCUGAUUUUCAUCAUAGCCUGGUGGAUCUGUGGGUCAUCAUUUUGUACAUGCGUCACCAUGAUGUAUAUUUUCGUAAUGGUGAUUUGAAAUAUCUUAAGUAGAAACCGCAGCAGCAAAAGGCCGAUGCAGUCACCGGGUGAUUAUGUAACUCAUGCUGCCCAUUGUUUAUGACCCCUGGACCAUACUAUCAUAUCUGUUGCACACACACACAUGCAUGCACGCACACACACACACACACACACAUACACAUACACACACACACACACAUACACACACACACGCACUCUCUCUCACACACACAUACUGUGAAGGGUGAUUGCUUUAGUGCACUGUUUCCGUUCUGUGUUGUCGGCUACUUGAAAUGUUAAAAUGUUUUAAAGCGCCAUAUGUAAGAGAUUGUUGAAUAUAUAAUCUAUCUUAUGACAAGUUCCUGUCUGGUUUGAUGAUAUGACAUGAGUUCCUCUGCAUCGUGUAUCUGGUGUAUGUUUGGGUUGAAUGGGAGUGAUGAUGUUUUGGCAGGCUCAGAGUGAAUGAGUUGUGUGGGUCUACUACAGUGUGUUGGAAAUCAAGCUUGGACUUAAGGACUACUUUCAUCUGAAGCACUUACUUGAGGGGUCGGCCUUGUUGCAAAAGCUUUCUCCAAACGCAGUUGUCCACUCAAAGGACUUUUGCCUGUAGGCACUGCUUCAAUAUGAGA